GAUCGAUUCGCACGCGCCUCGUACACACUACCCCGUCGUAAACAAAACCCUAGACCCCGAACCCAACGGCGCCACACGCAAACACAAAACCCUUCUCUGCCUCCGCAGCCCCCAUUCGCUCCGCCGCCGCCUCCGCAGCCCCCAAUCUCUCCUCCGCCGCCUCCGCCGCCGCGGAUUCCUCACGGAGGUGGAGUUCCCGUGCCCCAAGUUUUUGAUCCGAGCCACUUCUCUCCUAGUUGCGAUUUUUCCCCCCUACAAGAUGAGCUUAAUCUCUCAAAACGCUCUUCUUAAACGCCGGAAAGAGAAGCCCUACGAAGAGAAUGAAAAAGAGGUUGACAAAUCUCCGAUUACCCAAUCCGAUGACGAAACGGAGUUUGCAGAUGAACUCAGAUCCUCAAAAUCAAAGAAGAAGAAGAAGAGAAGCGGAGAUCGCGAUGAGCCGUUGAAGAUGAAGCUGUCGAAGAUGGAGCAGGAGGCAGAGAUGAAGAGGCUCGAGAGCUUACUGUUCGGUACGCUUUAUUCACCGUUGGAGUUCGGCAAUGAAACAAACGGAGAAGCGAAAAAGGAAGCGGGCCGGCCCGAUUCGUCUUUGUUCUUCAUGGACAAGUCGACGGGCAAUGACAUGGUGGUCUAUGAAGAGGAGUCGUAUCCUCAAGGAAGAAGCGAAGAAGAGGUAAAGGAAGAGAGAAAACCUGUGUGGGUUGAUGAUGAAGAGGAGAGAACCACAGUCGAUAUAAUUAGGGUUAAUAGGCUGAGAAAAUUAAGAAAGGAAGCCGAUGAGCGAAUUAUCUCUGGCACGGAAUAUGUCUCUAGAUUGAGGGCCCAGCAUGCUAAGCUUAACCCAUGGACUGAUUGGGCACAAAUCGGCCGAAAAUCUCACGCCGAUGAUGAGUCCGAUGAAGAAAGUGGAAUCACAAUUGCUCGUGGAUAUGAGGGUGUCGAGGGCGAUGAUGUACUUAGAAGCAAUGAGGAGCUUGUUGUGAAAGAUAGUGUUAGGCUCUUGCCCGGUAUGUUAGAGUAUUCUAGGCUUGUAGAUGCGAAUGCCGAGGAGCCAUCGAAUGGUCCCAUUAACUCGGUCCAGUUUCAUAGAAACGGGCAGUUGCUUCUAACUGCUGGGUUGGAUCGGCGGCUGAGAUUCUUCCAGAUCGAUGGGAAGCAGAACACCAAAAUACAGAGUAUAUUUGUCGAAGAUUGUCCGGUUCAUAAAGCUUCGUUCUUGCCAGACGGAUCCGAGGUGAUACUCGCGGGAAGAAGGAAGUUCUUUUACAGCUUUGAUUUGGUUAAAGCCGCAGUUAGUAAAAUAGGGCCUUUGACAGGGAGAGAGGAGAAAAGCUUGGAAGAAUUUGAGAUUUCUCCUGACUCGAGCACAAUCGCAUUCGUUGGUAACGAGGGUUACAUUCUUCUGAUUUCGUCAAAAACAAAGGAGCUGAUUGGGACUUUGAAGAUGAACGGAAGUGCUCGUUCUUUGGCUUUUGUUAGUGGUGGGAAGGAGCUAGUAAGCAGCGGCGGCGAUGGGCAUGUUUAUCACUGGGAUCUGAGGACAAGGAAGUGCAUUCAUAAAGGCAUUGAUGAAGGUUCCAUCGCAGGCACAGCUCUUUGUGCUUCUCCGGAUAGCUCUUUAUUUGCUGCUGGUUCGAGCAGCGGAGUCGUGAAUGUAUACAAAAGGGAGGAGUUUCUCGGUGGGAAGAGAAAGCCGCUGAAGACAAUAGAGAAUCUGACUACUGUGGUCGAUGAAAUGAAGUUCAAUCACGAUGCUCAGAUUCUGGCCAUUUGUUCGAGAAUGAAGAAGAACGGCCUAAAGCUAGUCCAUGUUCCGUCAUUUAAUGUCUUCUCAAACUGGCCCGGGGCUCGGCUUAGUCUGCAACACCCGCGCUGUUUGGAUUUCAGCCCGGGCGGCGGUUUCAUGACCGUGGGAACCGCAGCUGGGAAGGUUUUGUUGUACAAGUUGCAUCACUAUCGGAAUGCUUGAACUGUGAAUUAACGGAAACGAUCAGUUCUGCAACUACUACUGUGAUUCAUUCUGUCAAUUUUGUUCUAUUUUAUUUCGGAGUUCAAUGGUUUCACUGUACUGAUAAUAGCAUGAGUUUUGAGUAAGCUGUUACAAAGAGACUGAUUAGCGAGUAGCAUUAUUUUGGCUCAAUGUUUUAAGCUGUGUUACUCUUGCU